AGGAGGCAGAGCCCUUUAAAAUGGCAAGCAGCGGUAUCCCUAUGACAAGCCUCCCUCUGCGCUACACGUUUGGUAUAGCCUCCAGACUGCGUGGGCUAGUGUGGGUGCAGUAGAGGAGUUUCGUAUAAAACCCGUGAUUCCGGAGUCUCAUUUUACGCGCGUCCGCCUUCCUCUGUUGUUGUUUGUUACCACGAUUCCUUCCACCUACUCUGUGUUUUUCCUCAGUAGUAUUUCUUCGGAAAGCUCCGGUCACUAAAGGAAAUCUGGUCUAUGGUUUUGGCUGAAGAAGAUUCCACGAUGUCUCGGACUGACGAGGUGCACCGUAUUACGGAGAAUGUCUAUAAGUCCAUCAUGGAGCAGUUCAACCCAUGCUUGCGGAACUUCGUGGCCAUGGGGAAGAGCUACGAGAAGGCCCUAUCCAGUGUCACAUUUGCUGCAAAGGGCUACUUCGAGGCACUGGUGAGGAUGGGAGAGAUGGCCAGCAAAAGUCAAGGCUCUAAGGAUCUUGAAGAGGCAGCAUGGGACGUACUCUUUCAGAUGGCUGAGGUCCACAGACAGAUCCAGAUGCAGCUUGAAGAUAUGCUGAAGUCGUUCCACAAUGAGCUUUUGACAGAGCUGGAGAAGAAGGUGGAGCUGGAUGCACGUUACCUGAAUGCGGCUCUGAAGAAGUACCAGAUGGAGCACAAGAGUAAAGGAGAGAGUCUGGAGAAGUGUCAGGAUGAACUGAAGAAGCUACGCAGGAAGAGCCAGGGCAGCAAGAACACCUCUAAGUACGGAGACAAGGAGAUGCAGUAUGUUGAGACCAUCAGCAGCAAGCAGAGCGACCUGGACCAGUACACAGCAGAGGGCUACAAGAAUGCACUGUCAGAGGAGAGGAGGAGGUACUGUUUCCUGGUGGACAGACAGUGUGCCGUGGCCAAGAACAACAGCUCCUACCACAGCAAAGGUAAGGACCUUCUAGCCCAGAAGAUCCCAGCAUGGCAGCAGGCGUGUGCUGACCCUACCAAGCUGCCUGACCGUGCCUUGCUCCUGGCCCAGCAGAUGACCUCUGCAGGGGGUACCCUGGGGUCCAGCUCCCACACCCACCACAGCUCCAAGGGCAACCUGCUCAUCUCUGACCCUAUCCCCGGGGCCAAGCCUCUGCCUGUACCCCCAGAGCUGGCUGCACUCAUGGCCCAACAGCGUCUAAUGGGACCAGGAGGAGUGGACGGAGGGAUGCCCAUUAUGAACGGAACGGCAGGGGCGCACGGAGGAGCAGGAGGGGGAGGAGGGGAGGACUACCAACACUGGAUGGAGGGGAAGAUGGCCCAAGCUCAAGCCCAGGCCCUACAGGCGGCUAAGGCCUCCACCCAGCCCCAGCACCACUCCCAGCCCCACAGACAGGGCAGCGAGGUCUACUCCAACACCCUACCCGUACGCAAGAACGCCCCCGCCAAGAGCAACACCACCAUAGGUCCAGAGACCCGAACCCUGCCCCGGUCUAGCUCUAUGGCUGCAGGGCUGGAGAGGAAUGGUCGUACCCGUGUCCAGGCCAUUUUCUCCCAUGCGGCGGGGGACAACAGCACCCUGCUCAGCUUCUCUGAGGGAGACGUCAUCACCCUGCUGGUGCCUGAGGCUCGCGACGGAUGGCACUACGGAGAGAAUGAGAGGAACAAGAUGCGGGGCUGGUUCCCAUUCUCCUACACACGUGUCAUCCCCGAGACUGAAAGCGACAAACUACGAGUCAACAAUCUCCACCAUGGUAAGAGCAGUAGCACGGGCAACCUGUUGGAGAGAGAGGACAUGGCCGGUGUCCCUACCCCUGACUACGGUAUGUCAUCUCGCCUGCUGGCACAGAGCGCUGCCAUGGCACACAGCAGACAACAACGCCCAUACAGCGUGGCAGGGCCAGGCUUCUCACAGCAAGGACUUGAAGACUAUGAGCAACGUUUUUCAACAAGUCUCCCCCCGCCUCAGGAGGAACCAGCCCAGGCCACUGAGGACCAACCCAGGCCUCUCAUCUCUGUCGAUGACCAGUCUCCUCCUCCAAUCCUCUAUUAGCGCCAUGUUCUACUUCCUGUUAUCCUUGCCUCUGAUUGGUUGCUGUGAAGCACGGAUACAUUUAGCCAGACAAUUGGAAGAGAAGAACCCUGAUUAUGUUGGACAAAUCCAAGCACACACAGGACUGAUCUUUCACAAGUACUGUAGACCAUGCGCUGCACUUUAAAUUUUAGCAGGAUUUAUGAGGACUGCAAUACAAUGACUGAACAUAAUCUGGCUCAGACUGUACUAUCCUUAGCAUUCAAGCACACCUAGCCUUGGACUGUAUCUUCAAUACAAUUAAAGCAUUUGAAAACAGUAAUAAACUGUAUGCAGUAAAUUAUAACUGAAUCUGUUAUUUGUUAAUGAUGUAUGCAUAUGUUUAAGAAAAUGUAAUUGUUUGAUCUAUCUUAAUGUGGGUGUCUAGUUCUAUGAUCUAGUCGUAUUUUACUUCUUGCUAUUUGGGAUUUGUAAGAUUUGGGGGAAUAUCUUUGAAUUUGUUUGUGUGAGCAAUACAUUUGUCACAAAGUAAACUAUGUAAUAUAGUAUAUGUUAAAGGGCCUAUACAGUGAGGGAAAAAA